AUCAAUUGUCACUGUCAGUGUCAAACAAAAACAUUAAAAAACUUUCUCAAAAAUUUGCAAAAUAACAAGAAAAAAUCAGUUUAUUUUACGUAAAAAAGGUCGUAAGUGCACCCCAAAAUCCGAACGAUUAACAUUUUCCAAUAGUUUCGGGGGUACGUAGUCGAACCAUCUAUCGGUCAUAACCUUACAUGACCUGUCACUGGAACUGUUAUUAAAAUAAGCUUAUUAUCUUAUUAUGCUUUAACAUCUUUUUAUAUGUAGCAGUGCCGGGAAGCAUAAUCCCAGCAUUCAUAUUUGUUGUUUAUUUUCUAUCGAACUAGGAUGUACCAGACCAGUUCUUAGUAAGGGAACCUUAAGAUGUUCAAUUCAGGGAUUAAAGCGAAUCAGAGGUGUAAUGGAAUAUAUCCACCCCAAGGUUUAUCAGUUGUAGGGAAAGUAGCUAACAAUUCAAAACAUUAUAACAAUUCUACUUAUAAGUUGAUUAAUAGUAAAAUAGAUAAGAAUGUACAUCAUAGUGGUAAGAAAACUGUUAGUAGGACAUCACAUUUUGUUCAGAAUCAAGUUAAAAUCUUUAACGGAGGUCACCUAACUAAACUGCAGCAGGGCUUCGAAGAGAAAAUAGCAAUUAACAGUAUUAUAGGUUUUAAUGAGUAUCCAAGCACACAAAAACCAUCUGUAAAAUUUGAAAUUGAUGAGAAACCAAAAAGGAAAACAAAAGCAACACAUCAUGAAACCUUACAGAGGAUAGAAGGGGAAACCGAUGAGUUUAAUCACUACCAACAAAGCUGGUUUAGUUCUAGUUUAGAGAAACUUAAAUUGGAGGAUAGAUCUCGCGAAGAAAGAAUCGAAAUAACGCGGCACGACUUCUUACGGAGGCUACAGCAGUUAAACAGAAGCAAUGUGGGCAGGCCCAAUAAAAUGCCCGACUGGGUGGAACGGAGAAAAGAGAAGGUUUUAACCAGGAGAAAUAAAUUGCCCAAUGGCACAGUCAAUAGUUUUGUACCUGUAAAGUUUUGUGAGGCACAUGACUGUGGAAAACCAGCUCUUGCCUGUGCAAAAUAUUGUGUGAUGCACAUUAUGUACGAUAAUAAGCAGGUUCUGUUUGAAUAUUGUACUGCAAAGUUUGCGGAUAACACUCAGUGUUCAGUGCCAGUUUUCGACAUAUCUCAUGAGCUGCCUUUAUGCGCUGAGCAUGCGAGGAAAAGAGACAACUAUAGACUGUAUCAGGAAGCAAAGCCAAAGAGGAAAAGGAUGAAACCGUCGGCGAUGAUAAGGCCCCAAAAGAGGAGCAAGAAGAAAAGGAAGCCCCCGUCGUCAAAAUGUGAGACCAUUACUAGUUCGAGUGCAAUAAAUAGGGAGACUAAUGUAACAAAUGUAGAAAUAGUCAGGGAAAUCGAGCCAUCACCAGUAUUGGAGGAGGAUCUGCACAUAGUGGAUCAAGUGCUCGCGUUAAACGAGAACGGUCUGGAACAGGCGCUGGUCAGUCAGGCCCAUCUGCUCGAGGAAACGGACAUUUCGAACGUGUUGAGCACGAUCCAGGUGGACGAAUUCAGCGACUUUUUCACAGUGAAUCGAAAUGGGGAAUACGAGCCGUCCAGGGAGGAGGCGGAGGAGCUGGAAAAGGCCCUGGCCGCCGUCGAUAACGACGUCAAAUCGUUGGAGAAACUCAGUCAGACCCACGGGUUACUGGACUCGUUUUUAGACGACCACGUUUUGCCGGACUCCCUGGUCCAGAUCCCGGAAAUGAUGUUCCACAACGGAUAUCCGGCCUGCGGGGACAAUAUCGUCGCACAAAGUAGUUCCUUUCUGUUACCAGUCGAGCCGCAUUCGAAUUCAUGAAUGGUAAGGCUUGAUCAUCAAUUAGGUCGUCUCUUACAGUAAUAUGGGAUAAAAACCGUCGUGAAAGCUGCCCUCUGAAAGAAACCAUUCUUUAAUAAUAAUAUUAGAAAUUGUCAGGCAUCAGUAAAGUCUAAUAAGGAGAGAAAGUGCGAAUAAAACUCAUGAAUUAUCUCUUGGAGAUACGUUGGCAUUUUUUCUGAAUAAAAUUUGUUUUAUUUAAUGCACGUUCUCUCCAUCGGGCAGACUCCAAGGUGUAAUUGGAGGGUGUUUUAGGUAAUUUUUCUUAAGAGUGAGACAUUUCUGGAUAAUCAGGCUCCCCUUCUUGUUUUUAUCUAGUUAUUGUGUAAAUAUCGUUGAGUUUAUCUUUAUUAGGUCAUUCGCAGCUAAUUAUUUAAUUGUUUCACGGUUGCCUGGUAAUCUUCAAAUAUUCCCUCGUUAAUUGCAGUACAAUUCUUUGAAGAAAAAAAAACGACUGUGAUUGGUGCACAGUUUUCUUUUUUAAAUAAUUUUAGGUUAAGGUUUCCCUCGAUUUAAUGUAGUAAUGCUUCCAGCUUAGUUGCUAUAUUUUUUAUAUAUUUUUUUAUUAUUAUUAUUAUUUCGGUAUUAGGUUAGGAUAGACGGUACCUAAGUAUGUAGUUGCGUUCGUUUCACUAGAAAUAUUUAGGGUUUUAUAAGCGCUUUUGGUUGUUCCUAGAUUUUGUGCGUUUUUGUUUAAAUAGACUUUUUUUUAAGCGAAAUAGCGCAAGAGGUUUGGUUGAGGGACCAAAGUCUAAGCUUUAUUAUUAAAGUUAUCAUACGUAAGCAUUUUUUUUUUGGUCGAUACAUGAUGAUUUCUAUAUAUAAAAUGGCUAAGCUAUCUAUAAUACAAAAAGCCAUUUUGACAGGUCGUUGUAUAUUUUUAAAAAAAUUACGUAAUAGGUGACUAAUCAAUUUAAAUGAAGUACGUAUAUACAAAUUUUUAAGUCUAUAUGUUAAGUGGUUGUUGAGUUAUGGUUAUUUUAAGAACUAAAGAAAAAAAUCCACUUUUUCUCACUCCCCUGAAUAUUUUUCAAAAAAUGUCGAAAUAGGUGUCUAAUCAAUUUAAAUGAAGUACCGUAAUAUGGAGAUACUUUGAUCAAUUUUUUUCUACAUUUGGGAUUCUAGCUACUCUAAUAUGGUUUUACAGUACCAAAAAUAACCUUAGCAAUCGGUUUUAUUUGAUAAAUAUCCAACAAAUAAAUAAACUUUGAAAAACUACAUAUUUUCGAGAAAAAAAAUAAAAAUUCAUGUGAUCAAAGAUAUACUUAAGUUGGGGAUACUUUGAUCAUCAAUUUAUUUUGUAUGGAUUUGUAAAGUAACCCCUUUUAAAAAGUGCCUUGAAUUAAAAAAAUGUUUUUAAAUUGUAGAUUUAGGCUAUACAAAAAACAAAAACUUAAAAUAAGACCAUUUUAUUGAUAAUAAUAGUUUUCUGUUAAUAAAUAAUAGAAAUAAAAAACUCGCUUUACUUAGAAAAAUAUAUUUAGCAGUUACAUAUUAUUGAGCAUAAACCGUGUCAGAAGUAUUAUUAUUCAUUCGAAAACAUAAACAAAAGAAAAUACCACUUCGAAAAUACAUUAAAAAAAUAUUAUCUAAACAUCAACGACAGGAAUGCUGGAGGAAAAUUCAUAAUAAACAUUCAGAUCUUCGUCUAAUUUUUCUGUGGGAUUGGUUGAAUUGCAAUAAUAUCCUCAUUUCUGAUCACAGAAACAUCAUCCGGCAACGAGUUUAAAUUUGGUUUUGUUUGUACUAAUAGUUUUAAGACCGGUAACUAAAAUCUCGGGAUCUAUUUCAGUAAUCUUACAUAGAUAUUUGUAAGUUUUUUUGCCCCUCUGCGAAGAAAAUUUUGUCACAAUAUAUUGGCCAACUUCAUAUAUAUCAAGCUUUUCUGAACGUAAAGGCUGUUCUGAACUUUUAUUGAUUUCCUGUCGAAGCUCCAACAAGUUCAUAUCGUCUUCGCUAUCAGAAAUAAUAUCCAAGACUGUUGUAGGAAAACUAUAUCCAGGUGUAAUGUUAUCUUCCUGAGCUUUUACUGAUGCCGUAGAAAUACUACAACCAGGUGCAACAGCUAACCGUUUCUUCUUCUUUCUGCCAAAUCGCUGCUCCUUUAACAUUGUAGUAAGGGCGCUUUCUACGUCAGCAGUAGGAUCUAUGGCAUCGGUAUCCCGGGGUAAUUUUUUAAAAACUUGUUCUCGGUCUAGAGGGUAUUAAAUUACGUUCUAUCAGCGGACCCACAUAUCAUAACGAUAGUGCAACUUUUUGAGUGGUUCGUAACAUUCUCAGGGUAUUUUACGCCACGCCUAUAAACACCACGUUUUUUCCCUGGAUCAUCGGAAAGAUUCGAUUCGCCAUAAUUAAAUAUAUUUGCACUGGGAAGAUCUCUUAUUACCACUUCUAGAUUAUCAUAAAAUAUAUUUAAAGUUUCUUUGGACAUCGCAGCCCUCGCCCUUUUUAUGUUAGUAGCUAAUCUUUGCCCGUAAGAGUCUUUGUGCCUGUUUAGAAGACUAUAUGUCCAAUCAACACCAGGAAUAUUGUUUUUAAAUUGAUUAACAACAUCACCCUUUUGGUCUAAGUAAUACUUACUAGGCCAGCUUCCUUAUGUCCAUGAGACUUAAUGGAAAUCCCCAGUCUGCCCAAUUUGAAGCCGCCUUCAGUAUUGCUAUUUCCUCGUGUUUGGUAAAAAUAGUGGGACGACAUGGUUUACUAAUAUGUUUUCCCUUGUACUUAUUAUAGAGAGUUCCGAAAGGAAUAUUAAACUGCUUUGAAGCUUCUCGUAUUGAGCAUAUACCAUCCACCACUACUUUCAAUGCAUGCUCCAGCUUUUCAGGGGUAUAAUUUAUAUAAUGUCACCCUUUUAUGUUCGCGAGGCAUUUCUGGAAAAAAAAAUAAUAAUUUAAUAAUUUCUGGAAAGAUAAUUAUAAUAUAUGUUAAUGGGGCAACUUUAAUCAAGCGAUCAAUGUUACCCCAUAGCCCGAUCAAACGGUUAUGUUAUAUAAUGUUACGGUACCUAUAUACAAAUUUUCCAAGUCUGUAUGUCGAGUGGUUUUUGAGCUAUGACCAUUUUAUGGAUUAAAGAAAAAAAUUUAACUUUUCCAAUAAUUUUUUUUUGAACCCUAAAUAAAUAUUUUUCGAAAAAUGCCUGGAAUUCUGGAUCCUUUAAUAUUACUUAUUAGGCAGUUAAAGCAGUCAAAGAGUUCACCUUCUAUUAUUCGGAAUUAAAAAAAAAAAGGAUUUACAUAUUAUAGUCCCUAUAAUUCCGGGAUAUUUUCGGGAAUUCCAGGUAAUUGCGGGAUGUAGGAUCAACUGUCUGGAAUUCUUUAUCUAUUAUUUAAUUUGUUAUUCUCAACUGCCUGGAACAAUAAAAAACGACUUUUUUAAUUACUUCAUAUAUUGAAGUGACUCUUAUCAAUUAUUUCUGUCCUUCUCUUUGGGACUGCCAAAUAGAUUUAAUUUUUCUUCCAGGCAGUCGAAUAUUUCUCUCUCUCUCCUUAUUGCACGAAGUAUUCACUUUAACUAGCUGAAAGAAGAAGAUAGAGACAGUGUAUAAGAGCAACUGCCUGGAAGAAACGAAUAAUGUCUUGAAAUAUUUGAAAGAAAAAGACAGAAAUAGAAGGACAACAAACAAAAAAAAACGCGCAUUGUAAUUGUAUUCACGUCAUUACCGAACGAUGGUGUCACGUUUAAAAAUCAACUUUUUUAAAAAAUUGUUUUUUACAGUCCACUGUAUAUCUUUUAAAAAAUUAUGAAAUAGGGGUGCAGUCAAUUUGAAUGAACCAGCUGUAUACGAAUUUUUGAGUCUGUACAUUGGGUGGUUUUUGAGUUAUGGUGAUUUUGAGAACUAAAGAAAAAAAUCAACUUUUCCAAAAAUCCACUUUUUCUCACUCCCCUGUAUAUUUUUCAAAAAAUGUCGAAAUAGGUGUCUAAUCAAUUUAAAUGAAGUACCUACAUACAAAUUUUCAAGUCUGUAUGUUCAGUAGUUUUUGAGUUAUGGUCGUUUUGAGAACUAAAGAAAAAAAAAUCAACUUUUCCAAAAAUCCACUUCUUCUCACUCCCCUGUAUAUUUUUUCAAAAAUGUCGAAACAGGUGUCUAAUCAAUUUAAAUGAAGUACCUACAUACAAAUUUUCAAGUCUGUAUGUUGAGUGGUUUUUGAGUUAUGACCAUUUUAUGAAUUAAAGAAAAAAAUUUAAAUUUUUCAAAAUUUUUUUUUUUGAACCUUCUGUUAUUUUUAGAAAAAUGCCUGAAAUUCUGGAUCCUCUAAUUUUACUUAUUAGGCAAUUAAAGCAGUCAAACAGCUCACCUUCUAUUACUCGCAAUAAAAAAAAGGAUUUACAUAUUAUACUCCCUAUAAAUCGGGGAUAUUUUCGGAAAUUCCAGACAGUUAAGGUGGUUUCUGGUUGUCAGAUCAACUGCCUGUAAUUCUUGAUUCAUGAUUUAAGUUUAUUUGUAAUUCCAGGCACUUGAUUUAGUCAAUAUCUCAGUCUUACACAUCAAUUUAGAUUUGAAAAAAAAAACAGGAUUUAUGACUAAAUAGUGCCUACAAUUCCAGGAUAUUUUAGGGAAUUCCUGGUAAUUGCGGGAUAUAGGAACAACUACCUGGAAUUCUUGAUUUAUUAUUUUAUUUGUACGAGCAUCUUUAAUGAGAAAAGCUUUCUUACACACUUUUAUUUCAGAUUCAUCCACCCUUAUUUUAUAAGUAAAACUAGCACCGUGAGUUUUUUUAUUUAUUUCAGAUCGGGGACGUCUUCUAAUAAUAUUGUUCAUUGAUAUGAGACCAGUUAAAUGAGAAUCUUGAUUAUUUUUGUCAGUCAUAUUAUUAAGCUGGAUAAGAAUGGCAAUUCUUUUUUCUUCAGCAACUUUGGAAAAACAGGAAUUUUUGCAACUAUAAAAAAAUAUUUUUUUUAUGGGAAAACCCACACUUAAAAAAUAUACCCUCUAACAUACCUGCAUGCUUCGCCAGUUUUACGCGCUAAAACACGUUUGCCCUUGUGAUUUAUGUGCUCUUCACCACGAACUUUUAACUCUUUGAUCACUGUCUCCUUCUUUAUUUUCUUUGGCUUUUUUUGUAGGCCAAUUAGUUAACACUUCUUCACGAUCUUCGAGCAUUUUUUUAAGUAUAAUUUUUGAGCAAGAAAACGCAAAUUCUAACCUCCAGUCAAAAAUCACAAGAACACGUCUGGUUUAUCCUCCUGAGACCCCCGGCCAGCUGACUUUUAAUAAACAAGGAUAAACAUAAUAGUUUAUAUACUUGGGAUACACUUACUAUAAAAAUACAUGUUUUUUUUUUAAAGUCAACCAUUUCUUAUUUUUUUGAUGUCGACUUAAAUGGACGUAGGGUCAUAAAGAAACAAAAAAAAAUGCAUAAUUAUUUAUUAUGUGUUUUAACAAAAAUAAUAUUUCUUAAACUACCAAAACUUUCGAUGCAAUUUUAUUGCCCAGUCACAUGAUACAUUAUAUACUGGCAAGUGCAUGCCUUUUUUUCUUUUUGUCAUAGGAGGAAUCAAUGGUGUUGGUGUAAUGUAGCCCAAAGCGUUAUUUCGAGUCUUUAUCGUCAAAGGUGCUUCAUUUUGGUCUUCAAAAUUUGUGGCUAAAAGUUUAUCCACAACGCUGAUCUUAAAAUCUAAAAAUUGUUGAAUUUGCUUGGAAGAAUCACCUAGUUUUUUCCUAUCAGUUCUGUAGAGGAUCCAGGCAUUUGCAAGAGCUAAAUCUAUGAAAUGUAAAAUUACUUUUACAGUCCACUUUUUAGUUCUAGUAUUGAUGCGAUAGUAACUAAUCAUUCGAUCAAUCAAAUCAAUACCACCCAUACAAUCAUGGUAUGAUUUAACAAUGUUUGGUCUAGAAAUAUCUAGGUAUUUAGCCUCCUUUUUCGACCAACGUUUACAUACAUUUAUUGGAUCUUUUUCCAUUUUAGAUGAUGCUAAAAUUAUUGGUUUUUGAUCAUACCAUUGAACCAAAUUAAUCUUUGAAUCAUCCCUUACUGAUUGUUCACUAAAACCUCGUUCGAAUUUUUUAAUUUCUUUUUCUGCUGUUAGAUGAGCUGAAGAAGGAAUUCUAGACUUCAUAAUAGUACCCGUACCAUAAAAGUUUUUAUCAAGUAAACUCUCUAACAACGAUAUUGUUGUAAAAUAGCGAUCCAUGAAGAUGUGAGAGCCACUUUUAAGGCUUUGGGAUAAUCGCAUCACUGCUGAAGCUCCAACACCCAAUUUUUUUGAAUUUUCGUCCAAAAAAGUUUGUUUACCUAGAUUUCAAAGUCAAGCACAAGUCCUUCUGGUGUAGCACAUACACAAUUUUUUAGUCCUGGCUGGGGUUUGCCUUUUACGAAUUGUUUUAGACCACAGGUGCCAGUAAAUGGUAUCAUUUGUUCAUUCACUGCAACAUUUUCUUGCCUCUCUAGUUUUAAACAUCCUUGUCUGACUCUCCGGUAAUUGGUCUUACUUUCUAUAACCUGUCCUUUUGUCUAUCAUUAGCUGAUACAUCAUUGUCAAUGACUACUUUUAACUGACUUCUUAUUGAAAAAAAUCUAUCCCGCGCCAUGUGCUUCGCAAUUGAAUCAACUCUAGUUGUUUUGGCUCAAAACAUCUUCACCCUAGGAUAUUUUAAACAAGACAUUAAAACCGAUAUUCCAAUAAAUUUUUUUACUUCAUCGGUCGAUAAAUUCAUAAUUUUAUCAUUUUCUAAAAAAAUUUUUAUAUUUGUGCAAUCACGCAUUGUCUCAAAUAAUUUAUCGUCAAUAAAUACUGACACAUAAUCCAUAAUUUUCCAACCUGCUCUUUGAAAGUGACUUUCUUUAAAACCGUCUUUGACUACUUCUACUUCCUUGAAACUGCAAUAGAAUAAAAAUUGGGAAAAGAUAAAUUUUACUACCUAAAAAAAUACCUGUCAGAUUUUCUCCAAGUCAUUCUUUUAGCUUUUGCUGACAUGUUUUCCUUUAAAAUUCUAAGUAGAAUAUCAAAUUCUGGGUCUGAGUCACCAUCAUAAUCAUCUUGAUUUUCAUCUAUUUGAUCUUCUAUAAUAUCCAUAGUUUCUAAGGGUUCUUCCAAAUCUUCUUCUUCAAUUAUUGUUUCACCAAUUGUUUCUGCAUUUAUUAUCCGUAUCGUCAUCUGAGUCUCCUUCAAACUCAGAAUCGUUAGCAUUCAAUAAUUGAAGUAGCCUAUCGUCAUCUUUACCGGAUCGCAAAUAAGUAUCAUUUCCAAAAAUAGCUAAAAAUAAUGUCAUAAAUUUAAAAUGUUUCUUAAAAUUAUUUAUUUGGCUAGUUUGAAGUUAACAAUUUAAAGCAAGUCCUAGUGUCCACUUUAAUGGAUUGAAGUUAAAUGUAAAAUUAGGGGACGAAUUCCCGACGAUCAUUUAAAUGGACAUGGCCGUUUUUUCCAUUUAUUUAAAUAAAUUUCCACUAAAGACUUAAAAUAUUAAUCGAAUUAUAAACAAAAAUCAUUUAGAAAAAGAUUAUACUAGUUUUUACAAAAAAAUAUUAAGCACACAUGUCCUAUCCCGUCGCACGGACUAAUGCUGUAUUUGGUGGAAAAACAAUGGACGUUUUUGUAGAAUCUUAGAAUUAUUAUCUUAGAAUCUUAUUCUUUAGAAUAUUAAAAACAUCAUAUUUUUAAACCAGAUGGUGCUACUAGCUCAAUUACGUUGAUUUUGGACAUGUGCGGUUUUUAUAAAACACGCCUCAAUUGUAUUCAUGUCAGUACCGAAGACGAACGAUGGUGUCACGUCUAAAAAUCAACUUUUUCAAAAAAUUGUUUUUUUCAGUCCCUUUUACAUUAAAAAAAAAAAACGAAAUAGGGGCCAGUUUAUUUAAAUGAACCACCUGUAUAGAAAUUUUUGAGUCUGUAACUUAUGUGGUCUUUGAGUUAUGUAACUCUUCUGAGGAAAAAAUCAACCUCUUGAAAAAUCCCAAUUGUUUCCCAAAAAAACGUUUCACAUCCCAUAAUUUUUCUAAAUAACUUAUAUAGAAACCAUCAUGUAUUAAUUGCGUACAGGGUGUUUCACUGCUGACAUUAAUCCAAUCCCGUUUCAAACACUACAAACAAUUUACUCCUGGAUAAAACCUAAUUGCCUUAGAAGCGAAACCUUGAAACACCCUGUGUAACCUCGGUCCCAUCUCUCAUUCUUCAUCAUUAGCAACAAAAUAAGAAAAACUAUAGAGAAAUUCAUUGCUUAGUGAAAAGACUGAUUAGUGUUUAAAAAAAGAUUUACUGUGUCCAUUGUAUGUAGUACAUAACUACCGUGUACCAGUCACAAGUCACUAUAGUGUCGAAUAUACGCCCUUUUUUUCCCAAAACACUGUCAGUAGAUGUGGUAAAAAUUAAUUAAUUAAAUUUAAAAACAUAAUUAGUGUCGUCAACAAUGUUAACUUGCUCAGGAAAUUUUCGGUGUAUAGCGUACAUCUAAGUGAGUGUUUUAGUGUUAAAAUUUGCUUUUUUUUAAUAAAAUGUGAUGGCUUUUUUUUUUUGUUAAAGUGAUCUCGAAAUUAUCCCAAAAAAAGAAAGAGAAAGAAAAAAAUUGUCAGCUUAUUUUUUGUUUGACACAUAUUCCAAUUAAUACUAAAUUUACAUAAUCAUUUAGGUGUUGCCAAAAUGCUUCACAUAAAGCUGUCCCCUCUUUUGGCAACACUGUGACGGUUAUAUACAUUUAGCCGCUAGUACAUUACAUAACCUUAUACUAACAAUUUUUUUUUAAUAAAAGUAUUUAUUUUUAUAUAAGUAGUGUAGCGCUUUAUUUUAAGGAACUCCCUCCCCUUGAAACUUGUAAAUAUCAUGGUUAAAAUGUAUCACUAAAGACAGAGUUGCUCUCUCUCUCCCCCCCAUGCCCUCCCACUCCCCGUAAUUUAGUAACUUUAGGAUGUAAUAAUUGAUUUGUAAAUAGUAUCCCUAUCACUGACGUAAUAAUAAUAUUAUGGUUUUUGUAUUGGCACCUCAUGUACAGUUUUUUUAUAUAAAAUAAUAAAAAACCAAUAUAGUGAA